AUGGGCUUCUCGCUGAUGAAGCUGAUGCAUCCGAGAAUCCUAGUACCUCUUCUUCUCUUCGCGGCUAUCCCUGGAUAUCGCCUCACGGCGCAGCUGCCAGCAACAAAGCGGACAAGGACCUUGAAGAUUCGCAUGUUUUGGGUCCGGCACGGCCUCUCCUGUGCCAACAUCCUCCAGUCGAAGUGCACGAAGGAACCUGCCCUUGCGCAGCGGCUUUUCACCGAGAAGCGGCCCGAGCUGGAGGCAGCAGUCCGACGCCACUUCGCCGUGCGCGGCGCACUCAACGGGGGCGCCGCCGAGGAGCUGCGGCUGGGUCACAACUUCAGCCAAGAGGCCUACAUUGAUGACGACUACCAAAUCCACUCUGCCGGGCCAGACAGUUUCACAGGCUUUUAUGAGAUCCACAACGAGGCUGGCGAUCCGGCCAAGGCACCCAAGCUGUGCACCGCACGUAUUCGUCGUUUCCGCUCUGACGGCGAACUGCACUCCUGGAUGGGCAAGAAGAGCAAGAAAUGCCUGCAAAGCUGCAAGGCAGAAGCCUGCUGUGGAGGCAUCAUCCCACUGCAUGGUCUCUACCAAGACCCCUUUCUUACGGACUGUGCGGCAUAUCAGUCCCAGGCGGCGGGGCUGCAGCUUCUUUCACAUCUAGCAGAGAUUGGGCAGCCAAAGCUGGAUCUGGUCGGUUCAAGCAAUCUCAUGCGGGCUAUGGAGACGGCGUACAACAUGUUCUUCUUGGGCCCGAAAGGCAAGCCGCAGUUGCAAGCUUUGGUGCCAAAUGCCCUGGUACCUGUACCUUACAUGAUUGAGAAGCAUCACGGAGAGCAUGGCUUCGUGCAGAUGGACAACCUUCCAUUUCCAUCAGCACAGCAGCUGGACAUGUUGCAGUCCCGGCACGGCAAGAAUUUCACCGAUCUGAUUGACGCCGCUUUUGAGCACCGUGGCUAUCCACGCGAGGAGCAGCAAUGGGAGAAGUUUAAAGCAUUGCUCGCGAGUCUCGCUUGCACAAAGCUUUCGGGAUCGCCUUCAGAUGUUGUCGUUCUAGAACUUCAAGGUAUUUGUGCGAAGGCAUCUCGACAUGGUGAGGAUAGUCUUCAUGCAAUUUUCGGUAAUGCCUUCCGCAUUUAUCCGAUUCAAGGAAUUCCAGGCCAUGACACGCAUCUGACACUUUGA